AUGGCGGCGCCGCCGCCGUCAUAUCCAGCGGCCUUGAAGCCGGAGAUCGGCCCUGACGGCCUCGCUCGAGACUCUCCCCUAAUUGCCUACACCGAGAAGGUCAUUUUGGAGGAGCAGCUGCAGCUGAAGAAAUACAUUCAGGAGAACUAUUCCAAAAUUCGUGACGUAGAAAAGGAGUUAGAGAGUCUUACUUUAGAAAUGAAACUGACAGCUGGACCAAAGAAAGCAGCACUUGAGCACCUGAGGAAGAAGAUUGAAAUAUCAACAGAGAAAAUACGUUUAGCUAAGGUGAAAGAGGAACAGGCAAAAAAGGCCUGGGAAGUUGCUGCACAAGUUGUUAAAGACGAAGAGGAUGCUAAGCAGAAACUAUGUGAUGAUUUGAACUAUCUAGUCCAGGAGAGUGCUGCUUCCCAAUAUGCAAGAUUAGAGGAGCUGAAGAAACGUUUAGAAUCUCUGAAUCCUAGCAGGGAUUCUAUCAAUGCUUCAGGUGUUUAUACUGCACAGCACGCUACUCUGAAUUCAGUACCUCAGCAGCCAACUGCACAAAAUCCUGCAGAUGUAUCUGGCCGUCAGAAUAUUGCCACAGAGCCUGCUUCUAUGCAACAGCGGCCUAUACCUGUAGAGUCAGAAAAGAAGAGAAGACCAUCGAACUUGGCGAGAGGGAGGGGUGGUGUGAUGAUCCUUCCGAAGGGAAGAGGGAGUUCUGGGUCAGGAUGGACAGGUGCUGGGUUUGAUGUAGAUAGCGGUACAUGA